AUGGCCGUGAGGGGCGGCGCGUCCUCGUCGUCGGCCGCGCCUUCUUCACACAGCAUCGCCUCCGCUCUGCUCUACCCCGGCCUCGGGUCCCUUCGCGCGACCUCGCCAGCGCCGUCGCCCGUCACCGCGGCUCCGCCCGCGCCCGGCGUUCCUGCCACUGGACGACGCCUGUGGGCUAGCCGCUCCCCUGCAACCUCACUGGUGCGCCUCGCCCUCGCGGCCGCCAGAACCAGCUGCGUUGGCUACGCCGGCCGCCUUCCGCCCGAGCUGGCUCCGCGCCUGGCGCCGUCUCGACCCUCGGCCGUCUGGAUGGGGGGCAGGCCUUGUCCCCGAAGCUCCCGCCGGGUCGCCUCCGACCGCCGCCUGCGACGGCUCGCCUCCGCUUGCGCGCCGGCUCCGCGUCCGCCCGGCCUCGUCCCGCUCCCGGCGCUUGGCCCGACUCCCCGACGCUGGCCCGCCCUGCGCCGGUUCCUCCACGUGCCGGCUUCCCCGCGCGCCGCCUCGAGCGAGAGGUCGUCGGCCUCGCCGGCUCGCCCGCCGCCCCGGCCGACUACGGCCCCGGCGCCAGACGCCUCGCCGGCUCGCCCGCCGCCCCGGCUGACUGCGGCCCCGGCGCCAGACGGCCUCGCCUGCUCGCACGCCUCCGUCCGCCACGCGGAUCCACUGCCCCCGACCCGCCUCCGCCUCCCCCGCGCGCGCCGGGCCGGCUCGCCGCUCGCCGGCCCAGCCAGCUCGGCCACGGGUCUCCUCCGCUCCGCGCCGGCUCGCGGCUCCGCCUACACCCAUGCCGUCGCCUGCCCGACCUCCUGA